CAGAGCUGGGUGUGAUUGAGUUUGGCUGCGCUUCAGACAGCCCUCUGUCCUCUGUUUCGAAGUUCCAGAGUGCCGAGACGGGCUGCCGAGCAAGGCAUCAAGUGGAGCAAGGACAGUACCAUGACUGACAGCAGGGAGUGGGCCACACUCAGCCCAGAGGAGUUCACUCAGCUGCAGAAGUACCUUGACUACAGCAGCAAGAAAGUACAGGAUGUAUUGCAGGAAUUUUACGGAGAAGGGACGUUGUCCCAGCACCUGCAAGGAGAUUCAAUAGACUUUGAGGGCUUCAAGCUCUUCUUGAAAACCUACCUGGAAGCAGAGGAGAUCCCAGAUGAACUGUGCCGCCACCUCUUCAUGUCUUUUCAGACCACAGCAGGACAGGCUACGACAGAGCCAGCCAGUGGUUUUGUUUGCGUCAAUGAUGUCUCUUGUUACUUCUCACUGCUGGAAGGUGGAAGGCCAGAAGACAAGCUGGAAUUCACCUUCAAGCUCUACGACAAAGAUGGGAAUGGCCUUCUUGACAGCUCGGAGGUGGAUCGUAUAAUUACACAGAUGAUGCGGGUGGCUGAAUAUCUUGACUGGGAUGUCACUGAACUUAAACCUAUCCUGCAGGAGAUGAUGCGAGAGAUUGACUAUGAUGGCAGCGGCACCGUGUCUCUGUCCGAGUGGCUCCGUGGGGGCGCCACCACCGUCCCCCUCCUCGUGCUGCUCGGGCUGGAAGCUACCAUGAAGGACGAUGGGCAGCACCUCUGGCGCCUGAAGCACUUUAACCGCCCGGUUUAUUGCAACGUGUGUGAGACGCUGCUGUUGGGCCUGCGCAAGCAGGGGCUGCGCUGCACCUUCUGCAAGUACACGGUACACGAGCGUUGUGCCCGCAAGGCCCCGCCCAGCUGCAUCAGCACCUAUGCCAAGAACCGCCGUGACACCAGUGCACAAGCCCAUGUCUGGGUAAGGGGUGGUUGUGAUGGCAGUAAGUGUGACCGGUGUCAGAAGAAGAUCAAGAGCUUCCAGAGCCUGACAGGCAUGCACUGUGCCUGGUGCCAUCAAAAGAUCCAUGAUGAGUGCCUGCCCCUCAUGCCCUCCACCUGCGAUUGUGGGAUCCUCAAAGACCAUAUCUUGCCACCUUCCGCAAUCUACCCUGUUGUGUUGGAGCGGCAGAACAGUCAGAAGAAUGGCAUCUGUGGGACCCCUUCCGAAGAGCCCGCUCAGCCCUUUACCACCCCCGAGGGACAGGCAUUGCGGAUCACUCCAGUGCCUGACACUCACCCCUUGCUUGUCUUUGUCAAUCCCAAGAGUGGUGGGAAGCAGGGAGAGAGGGUGCUGCGGAAAUUUCAGUACCUCCUCAACCCACGACAGGUCUACAACCUACUGAAGGGAGGGCCUGGACCUGGGCUGAAUUUUUUCCGGGAUGUGCCAGAUUUCCGUAUCCUGGUAUGCGGUGGUGACGGAACUGUGGGAUGGAUCUUGGAUGCCAUCGAUAAAGCCAAUCUACCAAGUCGGCCUCCAGUAGCUGUGUUGCCUCUGGGAACUGGCAAUGACCUAGCCCGCUGCCUCCGCUGGGGUGGGGGUUACGAUGGUGAGAAUCUGGUGAAGAUACUGAAAGAUAUUGAGGCGAGUAGCAUCUUGCAGAUGGACCGCUGGUCAGUGCAGGUGAUCCCUGAUAACCCAGAUGAAAAGGGUGACCCCGUCCCCUAUGAGAUCAUCAACAACUAUUUCUCUAUUGGUGUAGAUGCCUCCAUUGCCCACCGGUUCCAUGUCAUGCGGGAAAAGUACCCAGAGAAAUUUAACAGCAGGAUGAAGAACAAGCUCUGGUAUUUUGAGUUUGCCACAUCUGAGACCAUCUUCGCAACAUGCAAAAAGCUCAAGGAGUGUCUGUCUAUAGAGUGCUGCGGGCAGCCCCUUGACCUCAGUGGAGCACUUUCCGGAGUAGCUAUCCUCAACAUUCCCAGCAUGCACGGUGGCUCCAACCUCUGGGGUGAGACCAAAAGGCCUUUGGGGGAGGCAGCAGCGCGAAGCACGGCAGGGAGAGCCGCCCAGCCCCAGGUCAUCACUGAUGCGGAGACCCUGAAGAACUGCGUGCAAGACCUGAGUGACCGGCGGAUGGAGGUGGUGGGCCUGGAGGGCGUGAUUGAGAUGGGGCAGAUCUACACGGGACUGAAGAGUGCAGGCAAGCGGCUGGCCAAGUGCUCUGAAAUCACACUGCGAACCCUCAAGCACCUCCCCAUGCAGAUUGAUGGAGAGCCUUGGAUGCAGGCCCCAUGCACGAUCAAGAUAACCCACAAGAACCAGGCCCCGAUGCUUAUCGCGCCUCCUCCCCGAUCCUCCAGCUUUUUUGGCCUCAAGAAGGGACCGCAGGAGCCUUAAAACGGUUUCCGUGCCUCUCGGGGAACUGCUGUCUCCACAGUGAUGCACCGCCUGGGCUUCUGCCAGGACAGCGAGGUGUUCUGCCCUAUGGGGGACUCUGGAUCCAUCACCUGCACACACGGCCACGGGGCCUGAGACAGGCUUUCUGCAGCCUCAGACUUGACGAGCUCACGGGGGGCGGGGGCGGCGGGGGCUCUACUGCCACCAGAUCCUUUGCUUCUACCACACAGACCAGUCUGGUCUGAGGAAGGGGAACUCGGGCCCAGGCCUUGGUAGGUCUUGCAGUGCCCGGCCCGCGGAGGUUGCGCCUCAGGCUGCCGGCCUGUGCCAGUAACCUCUUAGUGUGUGGAUGCCAAUUGCCUCCUCCCUGGUCUGCUGAAAGGCCCUGCUCACUGCUGGCUCCUGCCCGCCUGAUUUUGCCCCUUGUAGAAUUGUACCCCCUGCACUUGAGGCAACUACUGAGAGACUGUGGUGGCGCCGGCUCUGCUCUUCCACUUCUCCUCCCCUUUUAUUUAUUGCAACUCCAUUCCAAGUCCUCCACGUAGAGUUAUCAGAAGUGCCUCAGCAUAUAGUAAUAAAGGACUGGGCUUGGAUUUUUU